UUCUGAGGAGGAAAGAGGACCAGUCGCGCUUACCUCGGCAAACUCAACGCGCGUUGAUACCAUCGCAAUACGCUAAACAACCGUGAAAUUUAAACGUGCCUUACAAUUCCUUUUAUCUUAUCAACGCGAUGAUAUAAACAUUACUCUAUUUUUUAAAGUGCUCACAAAAUUUUGGCAUGACAGUAUCAGUGCGUAAAAUACGUUUUGUUUAUUUUUUUUACGAGUGACAUUUAAAAAAUGAGUUCCCAUAUCGAACUGGCUGUUGCGUGAAAAUGUGGCAGAGGAUGAAAUGCGAAUUUCGAAUUUGGAAUAGCAGUGCAAAAAUUCAAAAUGGACUUGACGACACGGCGGGAAAACGAUGGGGUAAAUUCAGUCACAGUGACCGAGUGCCGUGAGAUUAAUGGGGAAGUUGGGAUGGCUUCUGAAGUGUCCACGAAGAAGACCAGUUCAUUUAGCAUAAGGAACCUUGUUGGCGAUGAAGAUGAUCGGCCUGCCGACGGCACCGCAAAUGCAAGUGAAGAUUACUACGCGCAAGAAUACCAAAAGUACACUAGCAUGGGUAUAUCAGAGCUGGCAAAAGACGAUUCUCCUCGCACGACGCCCGAGCUCCACCGCUCGGACCAGUCCCCGUCUGAGCGGCCGCCCCCAGGGUCUGCAGACAGCGACGACGCUGACGAUUUCGCCCCCAAACGAAAGCAGAGGAGAUAUAGAACAACAUUCACUAGUUUCCAAUUGGAAGAACUUGAAAAAGCCUUCUCUAGAACGCAUUACCCUGAUGUCUUUACAAGAGAAGAACUGGCUAUGAAGAUCGGUCUCACAGAAGCAAGAAUACAGGUCUGGUUUCAAAACAGACGCGCGAAAUGGCGAAAGCAGGAGAAAGUGGGACCACAAGCUCACCCCUACAACCCGUACUUGGGGGGUGCUGCAGCCCCACCGCCCUCUGUAGUCGCCUCCAUGCCUAAUCCCUUCUCGCAGCUUAGCUUUGGCUUCAGAAAACCAUUUGAUGCCAAUGCUUUGGCUUCUUUUCGUUACACGGGAACACCAGUGAUCGGCACGCAGUACCUUAGUGCGCCUCUCUCCCGACCUCCCUUAUUCACCGCUCCCAUGUACACAUCCUCUCCCCCAUUCCAUUCCCUGCUAGCCGGGCUAUCCGCUCCCCCUCGCCAUUCACCAGAACCUCCCCCCGUGUCGCCCCCCAUAUCCCCCGGUAGCGAAUCCCCCCCCAAUCCGCCAGAGGUAGAACGCAGGAGCUCUAGUAUAGCAGCCUUGCGAAUGGCGGCGAGAGAACACGAGUUAAGACUCGAAAUGCUGAGGCAGAGACACCACACUGACAUGAUCAGUUGAACUUUGUACAAUUAGCUAAUGGUUUUGUUUGUUUGUUCGGUGGACACACGUGAUCUGGGGCUGUUUGGUAUUUUAUAUGGUGACUGCACAUAGACGACGGUUUACACAGUUUGAAUUUUCAAUAGGUUAUUUGUCGGUCCUCAUUUGUGCCUUCGUUACAUUUGUGUUGUCUACAUUAAUGGCGGGACCAAUUUCUUUCAGUAUUUAACCAUGUUUGUUUUCGAAUAGAAC